AAAUGUCUUUCUGCACUGGUAUUAUCCGUAGACUCUCCCUCCCGGAAUGCUCUCUUUCUUCACUGGUCCUUAUCUUUUGCUGAACCAUCUCAAUGGUCGGCAAUGAUGCAAAAGUGAAAGGGUCCAUGCUAUCAGGAUUAGUAAUUCCUACGUCUCAAACAAACAUGACAGAUGCUCGCAAGAGAUCAAGACGAUUAUAUCAGUGUAGUAAAAGUGCCAAAACUAGACCUGGUGCUCCAAGUACUACUAGUUAUACUAAAUCACCCAUUUUAGAGAAAAUAGACUCUACUCUAAUGCAAGUAGCCAUAUUCUCUAUUGUCUCUUUAAUAGAAGGAACUUUGUGUUUUUACAACCUGAGGCCCCAUAUGAAAGGAAAGAAAACCAAUGCAUUUAUUGACAGUGUCUACUUCUGCAUUGUAACAAUGGCCACAAUUGGAUAUGGAGACCUUGUCCCUGAUAGUAUCUUCACAAAGCUACUAGCCUGUGCUCUUUCUUUCACAGGAGUGGCAAUGGUUGGAUUACUCUUGAGCAAUGCAGCAGCCACUUUGGUUAAAAAGCAUGAAGAUUUGCUAGUAAAAGCUUUGGAUAUAUACCAAAAUGGUGGUCCAACUGAAAGUACUAAAGAUGAAGUUGAGACAAUUAAUAUUGGAGGAAGAUACAAGUGUUUAUUGGUAUUUAUGCUUCUUUUGGUGCUCAUAAUCACAGGGACAACCUUCCUAGUGACUGUUGAGAAGUUGGACCUAAUUGAUGCAUUUUACUGUGUUAGCAUUACCAUCACAACUCUGGGAUACGGAGAUGAGAGCUUCAAAACCAAAGGAGGGCGUGUUUUUGCAGUGUUUUGGAUACUUGCAAGUACUAUUACUUUGGCUCAGUUUUUCGCCUGCAUUGCUGACCUAAACACAGGGAGCAGACAUAGGGAAUUGGUCAAGAGGGUUCUUAGUAAUUGGAAGACGAUAGAUGAUGAACUAGAGGCAAUACCAGAUGAAUCAGAUGAUCUUGAUCAUGAUGAUAGUUGUGUAAGGGCUGCUGAGAUCAUCCUAUAUAAACUUCAAGAAAUGGGCAAGAUAACCAAAGAUGAUAUUUCUCUUGUAAGAGCUGUAAGGGAGGAAUUCGAACACCUUGACAUUGAUUGUUAACAGAUCAAUCAAAGAACCUUAAUUGAUCAGUACUACUUUCUGAUCAUUGUAUGAUGCUUCUAAGCAGACAAGUGACUUUACCAAUUCAUGUGAGGUGGCAGUACUAAUCGACUCGCCCCUUGUCAUCAAGUAAGAGAAGAGAAGAAUGUGGGCGUUGCAAUAGCUUCUUGUAUUGGUAGGAAAAUGAUUUAUACAGUAUAGAGUAUGUAUAUAAGUCUCGCAUGCUUUUCUUUUUUUGUUAAAUUACAAGAAAUUUA